AUGAAAAUGGCGCUAUCUUCUUCAUCACCGUGUUGGUGUUCUUCCCCUACUCCGCUUCUUCCCUUCACCCAACGGCACCGUUUUGUUACUCUCAAACCCUAUACUCGUUCCCAACCUCACCACACCCUCGCCGCCGCGGACACCAGACCAUCUACUCCGUUAGUGCACUCCACCAGACAAGGGUUUGAUACCGUCAACAUUGCCGAAGAUGUCACUCAGUUGAUUGGAAAUACGCCAAUGGUAUUCCUGAAUAAAGUUACGGAGGGUUGUGUGGCUAACAUUGCUGCCAAACUUGAGUCUAUGCAACCUUGCCGCAGUGUCAAGGACAGAAUUGGCUAUAGUAUGUUAUCCGAUGCUGAAGAGAUUGGAGCAAUUUCUCCGGGGAAGACCGUUUUGGUUGAACCAACCACGGGAAAUACAGGACUUGGCAUUGCUUUUGUUGCAGCAACAAAGGGGUACAAACUUAUAGUCACAAUGCCUGCUUCUGUUAAUGUUGAGAGGAGAAUCCUUUUACGUGCUUUUGGUGCAGAGGUUAUUUUGACUGAUGCUGAGAAGGGGCUGAAAGGGGCAGUUGACAAAGCUGAAGAAAUUGUUCGCAGCACACCCAACUCUUACAUGUUUCGACAGUUUGAUAAUAUGAGUAAUACUAAGAUCCACUUCGAAACUACAGGGCCAGAGAUAUGGGAGGAUACCGUGGGUAAUGUUGAUGUAUUAGUUGCUGGGAUUGGAACUGGUGGCACCGUUACUGGCACUGGACGUUAUCUGAAAAUGAUGAACAAAAAUAUAGAGGUCGUUGGGGUGGAACCUGCAGACAGAAGUGUUAUUUCGGGUGACAGUCCUGGUUUCAUGCCAAGCAUUUUGGAUAUCAAACUGCUUGAUGAAGUUAUCAAGGUUACAAAUGUUGAAGCUGUUGAAAUGGCUAGGAGAUUAGCAUUGAAAGAAGGUUUGCUGGUUGGGAUUUCUUCAGGAGCUGCAGCUGCUGCUGCCAUAAAUUUAGCAAGACGGCCUGAAAAUUCUGGGAAACUUAUUGUGGACAAUGGCCCAUUGAAGAUUGAAGCUGCUCUCAUGGCACUGCCAUUCAAAGAAGUAGUUUUAAUCUUUGGAUUUUAUGCAUCAGAUGCAUCAUUUCGACAAAGUACAAUUUUGAAGCUGAGGUCUUUGAGGAAGCUAAAGGGGGGCACUGAGAUGAUACCAGGUGGGGCAAGGAAUAGUGUGGUGCUAUGGGCCAUGGAGAUGAGAUUGAGAAGACAAUUCCACAGAAAUGGAUUACUCUGA